AUGGGCGUUGAUCUGGAAUCUGUGUCGGAGGCCACAUCCGGAGCCAUAGGAUCGCUUCUGAGCACCACCAUUUUAUACCCUCUUGAUACCUGUAAAUCCAAGUUCCAGGCCGAGAUUCGAAUUCGCGGUCAGCAGAAAUACAGAUACCUGUCUGAUGUCUUUUGGGAAGCAAUUUCUACAGGAAACGUUCUCUCGCUGUAUCAAGGCCUAGGGACUAAGAAUUUCCAGUCCUUCAUUUCGUCAUUCAUCUACUUCUAUAGUUAUAGCUAUUUCAAGAGGUUACAUACUGAAAGAAUAGGUUCAAAGUCCAUUGGAACAAAGGCAAACCUUCUCAUUGCUGCUGCUGCUGGGGCUUGUACCUCUGUAUUGACCCAACCUCUAGAUACUGCUUCAUCAAGGAUGCAAACAAGCGAAUUUGGAAAAUCAAAAGGGUUAUGGAAGACCUUAACCGAGGGUACAUGGGGAAAUGCAUUUGAUGGCCUUGGGAUUUCUCUUUUAUUGACCUCAAAUCCGGCAAUUCAGUAUACAGUGUUUGAUCAGCUGAAACAAAAUCUCCUUGAAAAAAGAAUGGCAAAAGCGAAGAAUGAUUCUUCCCCUAUAGUCCUCUCUGCAUUUAUGGCAUUCUUGUUAGGUGCAGUCUCUAAAAGUGUUGCCACCGUUAUCACAUACCCAGCAAUCAGGUGCAAGGUGAUGAUUCAAGCAGCCGAUGACUCGAAUGAAAAUGAAGCGAAGAAACCUCGGAAAAGAAUCAGGAAAACGGUUCCCGGGGUAGUCUAUGCUAUAUGGAAAAAGGAAGGGAUCUUAGGGUUCUUUAAAGGCUUGCAGGCUCAGAUCUUAAAGACAGUUCUAAGCUCGGCGUUGCUGCUGAUGAUCAAGGAGAAAAUCACUGCAACCACAUGGAUUCUCAUUCUAGCAAUAAGAAGAACCAUGUUGGUGACAAAGGGUAGUUUGAAAAGUCCAUAA